UAUUCAGUGAAUCUUAUAUAUAUUUAUACAUUUUAGAUUAUUUUAAAAUGAUUCCCGGGCUUAGAGACGGUCAUCUCAUCCGGUUGUUGUUAACUGUAAAAUCCUUUAACCCAUAAGGAGCUAAAUACCAAACCUAGAUGAUUAUUCAGAACAGAUCUGAUCACUGUAACAUGUCUAUAUAACUUUAAUAAAUUAUAAUAACGGAUAGAUGAUGUAAACUAAACUGCUUGAUAUUUGACGGUCAGUGAUGCCUGCGCGUGCGCUCGGUAACUCGUUAAAAACACUAAUUAUGAAUCAUCCCUAGCCAUGGAACUCAAAACCACAAUCCUAUAUACAAAAUACCCAAAAUAAUAAUAAUAAUAAUAAUAAUAAUAAUAAUAAUAAUAAUAAUUCCGGACACAACUUCCGGACACGAGUAUGACGUCACUGCGCCGGUACUUCCUGGAUGUUCUCGCGCCAAACAGAAAGAGCUUCUUAGUAACGACACUGCUCGAGUUAGCUUUAUUUUUUUUUAUCUGCAUCACUGCAGCUCAGAAUUCUACUCUUUAUUAUUCUCUUACAAGUUUAUUUAUUUAGAGUUUAUUAUCGCCUUCAACACUUUUAUAACUUUGUGACCGAGAAAUGAGACGAACACGGAGCAGCAGAAACAAACCUGAGGUGAAGGAGGAGGUGGAGACAGUGUGUGUAGAUGGAGGUGAGGGAUCAAGUGGUCUCAGGGUUGAGGAGGAAGAGGCGGAGAAGCCUGUCACUAAAAAGAGGCGAGGAGGAGUGAAGAAAUGUGAAGCCCCUGAGGAGCUGGACAGUAAAGAAGUAGUGAAGAUGAUGGUGAUGAAGGGGAAAGCUCCAGUCGAUGUAGAGUGUAAAGCCAAACUGGGGAAGGCUCACGUCUACUGUGAAGGGAACGAUGUCUAUGAUGUCAUGCUAAACCAGACCAACCUGCAGUUUAACAAUAAUAAGUACUACCUGAUCCAGCUGCUGCAGGAUGACCAGGCCAAAGUCUACAGCGUGUGGAUGAGGUGGGGGAGAGUGGGAAAAGUCGGACAGAACUCUUUGGUUCCGUGUGGUGCAGAUCUCGCUAAAGCCAAAGACGUCUUUAAGAAAAAGUUCUUUGAUAAGACUAAGAAUGAAUGGACACAACGAGCAAACUUUGAGAAAGUUCCUGGAAAGUAUGACCUGGUGUUCAUGGACUACAGAUCAAAUGACCAAGAGGACAGUAGGGCAGUGAUGUCCACUCCCUCGAAGAUGAAAGCAUCACAGCUGGACGUCAGACUCCAGUCUCUCAUGGAGCUGAUUUGUGACAUUAAAGCCAUGGAGGAGUGUGUGCUCGAGAUGAAGUUCGACACUAAAAAAGCUCCUCUAGGGAAGCUGACAGUGGAGCAGAUCCGAGCAGGAUACUCCUCUCUGAAGAGAAUUGAACAGUGUCUGAAAAAGAAAAGCAACAACAAAGAGCUUCUGGACGCCUGCAACCAGUUUUACACUCGAAUACCUCACGAUUUCGGUUUGCGACCUCCUCCAGUUAUUCGCACUGAUGAGGAGCUGAAGGAAAAAAUUGCUCUGCUGGAGGCGCUGAGUGAUAUACAGAUAGCAGUGAAGAUGGUACAGUCCAGUUCUGUGAGUGAUGAAAAUCCUUUGGAUAAACACUACAGGUCUCUGAAGUGUCUCCUCCAACCUCUUGAGCCACACACCCAAGAGUAUCAGGUGAUUGUGAAGUACCUACAGUCGACUCAUGCUAUCACUCAUGAUGACUACACCAUGACAGUGCUGGACAUCUUCAGAGUAGAGCGCAGUGGAGAGAAUGACCACUUCCAGUCUCACCUGGACAACAGGAUGUUGCUGUGGCAUGGUUCCCGUCUGUCUAACUGGGUUGGGAUUCUCAGUCAGGGUCUCCGAGUCGCUCCUCCUGAAGCUCCGGUCACUGGAUACAUGUUCGGUAAAGGGAUUUAUUUUGCGGACAUGUCGUCUAAGAGCGCUAACUACUGCUUCUGCACCGGGAAGAACAACGUGGGAUUACUCUUACUGAGUGAGGUCGCUCUCGGAAACUGUCACGAGCUUCUGGACGCUGAUUAUGAUGCUGACAAACUGCCUUCAGGGAAACACAGCAUUAAAGGCCUGGGCCAGACCGCUCCUGACCCCAAGAAUGCCACCACAUUGGACGGUGUGACGGUUCCUCUGGGACCCGGAGUGAGAACCAUAGUGGGCCGCAGUGGAGGAUACACACUCCUUUAUAACGAAUUUGUGGUGUAUAAUCCUGCUCAAAUACGCAUGAAAUACCUGCUGAGGAUCCAGUUUAACUACUCAGCUCUGUGGUGAGUGUGAGUGUGUGUGAGUGUGUGUGAGGGUGUGUGAGUGUGUGUGAGGGUGUGUGAGGGUGUGUGUGUGUGUGAGAGAAUGUAGGGAAUUCUUCUGGUGUAAAAUCUUCCUCACUGUUUACUGACAGCUAAGAAAUAAAACCCUUUUUCCGAGAAGCAGAAGAAAGUUCUGAAGUUUUGUAGAUUUGGAUAAAAUGAACUUGACAUUUUUAAAAAUAAAUAUUUUCCUCCUGUACCUUCUUCUGUCUGUUCUGAGUUUCGGCGUGUUUAUGUAACCAGGUCCAUGUGUGAAAGGUACAAAUAAAGGAGGUGGAGUAAGAAAAGUG